AUGAAACUGGAAAUGAUAUCUAGAAAUAUAAAGAAGACCUGGAAGAAAAUUGGAGCACUUUUAGGGUUUGCAGAAGAAGAGCUCAAUGUUAUUAAUAAGAAGUUCUUACACAAUCCCAGCCUGGAGAUGCUCUGGCAGUUGAAAAUCAGGAUUGAUGCUGAUGAAUUUACAACCAUCGUUGAUGCACUGGAAUCAUCGAAAGGAAAUGCAAUUCCUGCAGAAAUAUUGGCUAGAGGGCCCGAUGCAUUAGAAGUUUAUCAAGCAGCCUUAGAAGAGGGAGAAAGUGACAUCAACCUGGUUAGACUCAUGGUAAUGGGCCCAGAAAAUGUUGGCAAGACCUGUCUGAUCAACUCCUUAUUAGGGAAGGAAUUUAUUGAAGAACACAUAAUUACUGAAGUCAUGGCCAUGACAACAACUCUUACAUGUGAUAACGCUGAUAAUACCAAGUGGACAGAAAAAAAAAUUGAUCACAAAGUUGAAAUCAAAGACAAGCAGGAAAAUGCAGUUGCAUCAAAAACAGCGGAGGAGCUACAAAAAAUCAAAGCCUUAUCAAGUCCGAAAUACGCAGAUGUAUUUGCUGUUGAAAAAAGAAAACGAAGUGAAACAGAUACCAGUACCAAUGAUGGAACAUCUAAAGCCACUGCUUCAGCAUCACCAAUGGAAGAUUCACAGCCGGAAAGAAUAGAUGCCAGUGUGAUAGAAAAGAUUGUACCAGUAAUGAAAGGCGAAUCUAUAAAGGAUAAUUCAUUACGGAUAUGGGACUAUGGAGGCCAACUAAUCUCCCACAGUAUUCACAGGGCCACUGCUUCAGCAUCAUCAGUGGAAGAUUCCCAGCGGAAAAGAAUAGAUGACAGUGUGAUAGAAAAGAUAGUACAAGUAAUGAAAGGCAAAUCUAUAAAGGAUAAUUCAUUACGGAUAUGGGACUAUGGAGGCCAACUAAUCUACCACAGUAUUCACAGGCUGAUGGUCACUUGUCACGUCUGCUCCUCUGAGGGUUUGGUGUCUGUCACAGGAUCGAAUUUAUACAUGACACCUGAAAGUAUCUUCGUGAUUGUUUUUAAGAUUGCUGAUGACCUUGAUGCAUACGUGAAUGUUAUAGAUUCAUCCGGAAAAGAGCACCAACACUACCUGACAAAUCUAGAGUAUUUGUUGUAUUUUAUCCGAUCAGCUUACACAUACUCAAAAGACGAUGAUCGUUGUACUGAUGAGGAGAUAGACUUUCCAGUAUGCAUCAUUGUUGGUACCCAUCUCAAUUCACUCACUGGAAGUGAAGAGGAGAUACGUAAACAGAUCGAGGAGAAGUUUGCCAAAAUUCGCAAAGCAAUUGAAAGUCAGGUGUACAAGUCCCAUGUCCAUCCCAAAUAUUUUGCUGUUGAGAACAAACUCUCAUCUUCAGAUGGAGAAUUCAUUAAACUCAAGAAAUUUAUUCUUGAAAUGAAAGAGAAGAUGGAUCGACUUAUCCCUCUCAAGUGGCUAGAUUUGUUGAAGGCGAUCCACAAAUUAAGUGAAGGACAAGUGACUCUUCCUCUGGAGCAGGUUAAAUCAAUGGCAAGGCAAUAUUUGAUAUCAGAUGAGACAAUUGACUAUGCAAUCAAAUACUUAAGUGAUGUUGGUGAAAUCAUGUAUCACUCAACAGAAGAAGCAUUAACGGACAUAGUGGUGAUUAAACCAAUGGAUAUUGUUGAGUAUGUCAGGCCUGUGUUCACCAUCGUAAAGCCAGAAGACCAGGCAGCAAAACUCAAAGAUGACUGGCAAAAAUUGGAAAAAGGUGUUCUAACAAAGCGCCUUCUAAAGCAUCUUUGGAAGAAGUUUCCGAUAUUUCAGCAAGAUAAAGAUGAGGAAAUGUUUCAAUUUUUUGUCAACCUGAUGAAGAAAUUUGGCCUCAUAUGUCAGAAAAGGAAACAAAAUAAUCAUUCAGAUGGUAUUGAAUACUAUGCUCUUUCACAUAUACCACCAGAGCAAUAUUCAGAAGAUCCAAUAUUUGACCAAGGAAAUGACAAAGUAUCCAUCUUCCAUGACUUCUGUGGUUUUCUUCCUGACUAUUUAUUCCAUUUGGCUGUCACUAAAUUCAUUGAGGAGUUUGAAAUGGAAAAUGGACGUGACACUGAACUGGCAUAUGAGCAUGCAGUGCUUACUAUUGACAUUCGUCAUUAUGUGAGGAUAGCAGUAGCAACUAUCAACCACCAUCGGAUGUUUAAGACAACAGUUGUGAGGAGACAAGAACCUAAUGCUUCUUGUGUUAAAGAGCCAGCACCUGAAACAUGUGAAAAGGUAUUGUCAUUUCUUGAAAGCGUCCUUAGGAAUUUGUGCUUCUCUGCAAGAGGGAUUGAAUACAAGAUGUGUAUACGUUGUAGUGAGAAAUGUCAGCGCAUGCACUAUGUUAAACAUUUAAACAAAGAUGAGGUGCCAUGUGGAAAGCAAAUAAUAAGCAUCAAACGCUACUUCAGAUUGUUUGUAG